GUAUGUGUGUGUGUGUCUCAGGUUUCAGACUCGGUGUGUUAGUGUGUGUUUUUCUCGGUGGAGAGAAGUUGGCGGAGUUCGAGCUUGCGCUGGGAUUGUUCCGACCCGAACUGGAAUACUGGAACACACACACUCAUCGGCGCGCGCGCGCGGAUACACGACCGCACAUAUAUCACGGAUACACAGGGAUUCACGCGCGUGGACACGGAACACACACACACGGAUUCAGAUGAGGUAACACCCCUGGGUGUGCACUCAGUAGAGGGAGAUGUGGUGUGUAAUGUUUCCCUGUCUGCUGCUGCUGCUGUCGGGACGAACCCACGCUGUCAGUUUCCCUGAGGACGCCACACCACUGGACAUCGUGGACAGACAUUAUUCCCGACAGUAUCCGGUUUUCCGAGGUAGACCGUCCGGAAACGAAUCUCAGCAUCGGCUGGACUUUCAGCUGAUGACCAGGAUCCAGGACACACUGUUCAUCACUGGCAGGGACCAGGUGUACUUGGUGAGUCUGAGAGAGUCGUACAGGAAUGACAUCACCCCCUACAGGAAGUUGACAUGGAGGUCGAGUCAGACGGACCGAGAGACGUGUGCUCUGAAGGGAAAACACAGGGAUGAGUGCCAUAACUUUAUUAAAGUUUUGGUUCCCAGAAACGAUGACCUCGUCUUUAUCUGUGGCACCAACGGCUUUAACCCUAUGUGCCGUUACUACAGGUUGGAUAAUCUGGAGUUUGAUGGAGAGGAGAUCAGCGGUUUGGCUCGGUGUCCCUUUGAUGCUAAACAGACCAACGUAGCGCUCUUCUCAGAUGGGAAGUUGUAUUCAGCUACAGUAGCUGAUUUCCUGGCCAGUGAUGCAGUGAUCUAUCGCAGUAUGGGAGACGGCUCGGCUCUGAGGACCAUCAAAUACGACUCCAAAUGGCUGAAGGAGCCUCACUUCCUGCAUGCAGUGGAUUAUGGGAACUAUGUUUACUUUUUCUUCAGAGAGAUUGCAGCGGAACACAACAACCUGGGGAGGGCGGUGUACUCCCGUGUGGCCCGGGUGUGUAAGAAUGAUGUGGGCGGUUCUCAGCGUGUUCUGGAGAAACACUGGACGUCGUUUGUGAAAGCGAGACUGAACUGCUCCGUCCCCGGAGAAUCCUUCUUCUACUUUGACGUCCUGCAGUCGCUCACUGACCUCAUCAACAUCAACGGGGUUCCGUCUGUUGUGGGUGUAUUCACUACUCAGCUCAACAGUAUUCCAGGCUCAGCAGUGUGUGCGUUCUCCAUGCCGGACAUAGAGCAGGUGUUUGAUGGACGCUUUAAGGAGCAGAAAACUCCGGACUCGGUCUGGACUCCUGUUCCGGACGACAGGCUGCCUCGACCCCGGCCAGGAUGCUGUGCUGGUCAUGGACCAGCAGAAUCUUAUAAAAGCUCUGUGGAGUUCCCGGAUGAAACGCUGCAGUUUAUAAAGUUACACCCACUGAUGGACGCUGCCGUGCCCUCCAUCCGAGACGAACCCUGGGUCACCAAGACCAGAGUCAGGUACCGGUUGACCGCUCUGGCGGUGGAUAAUGCAGCAGGUCCCUAUAAGAACUACACGGUGCUGUUCAUUGGCUCGGAGGCGGGCGUGGUCCUGAAGGUCCUGGCGAAGACGGCGGUGUUGUCGUUAAAUGAGAGCGUGGUGCUGGAAGAGAUCGACGUCUUCAACCAGGCCAAGUGUCUGUCUAACAGUGAGGAUGACAGGCGUAUUCUGUCCUUCCACUUGGACAGAGACACACACACCCUGUAUGUGGCCUUCUCCAGCUGUGUGGUGAGGAUCCCACUGAGCCGCUGUGAAAGACACCGCAACUGUCACAAGUCAUGUAUUGCAUCCAGAGAUCCCUACUGUGGUUGGAUGACACACGGAACUUGUGAGAGGAUUCCAGCAGGAGUGGACAGUGGGUUUGAGCAGGAUGUGGAGUUUGGGGACACUGGGCAUCUUGGUGACUGUCACGAGUUUAUGACUACCGCUUCAGCGCCAGGUUUCAAAUCAUAUGGCGACGCCACUGCUGCGGAACAGGAAAAGCCGGUGCUGUCAUUCACGCCGUCCUCCGCCUCAGACCCUAAACAUUCCCCACACACUCCUCCCUCUCUUCCUCCUCAACUCCUCGACACGCGGAAAUCUGUUCUCCGUGACCAUUCGGAAACUUCCAGAUCAUUUGAAUCGGUGAUGGAGGGGAUUUGGGAGAUCCAGUCAGCCGACUCUAACCAGCUGGUGCACAUGAACAUCCUGAUCACGUGCGUCCUGGCCGCCUUCCUUUUGGGAGCAUUCAUCGCUGGUGCUGUGGUCUACUGCUACCGAGACGUUUUCCUGCACAAGAAGACGAGCAAAAUCCACAAAGUGCCACACGGUAAAGACGAGGAAUCGGGACCGUCACCCACCGACUCCACCGGGAGCUUCACCAAGCUGGACGGACUCUUUGAAAGUCCGGUGAAGGAAUUUCCCAGUGCCAUGGAGGAAGCCAGGAUCUACUUCAGUGGAGAC